AUGGCAAUACGAAUUAUAAUUGAAGAUGAAGAACAACGUUUGCAGAAAGAAAAUAUGCACCAACUCCGAGAAUUGCACUUGUUAAAACUUAGUGAAGAAGAAGAAAAUAUUGCUCGAGAAGAACUUCGAAAGUACGAUGACGAACAACGCGAACUAGAGCGACUUGAUGAAGGUGAUAGUCACAGUUCCAAAGUGGAAAUCAAUAAUCUGAAGAAACAAAUCGAACAAGUUGAAACGGAGCGCGACAAAUUAGGAAAACAGCUUGAGAUUGGUCGUCUUCAACAUGAAGAGCAACAAGCUGAAUUAGAACAAAUUGUCAGGGACCUUGAGGAACGUACACGAUCGAUCGAACAAUUUCAAAAAGAAGCUCAACAUCUCCGACAAGAGAAACAUGAUUUAACUGUCAGACAAGAUCAGUUGGAAACUUUGCUUCGCGAACAAGAACAAUUACACGAACAUGAAGAUAUGGAAUUCAAAAUUUUUGAACAACGUAUAGAAAAGUUGAACAGAGAAAAACAAAUCUUAGAAUCCCGACAAGCUGAGUUAAUUAAAACGCUAAAUGAAUCGCGACAAGAAGAAAACGAACUUCAACAACGAAUGGAAGACCUCGAUAAACAAUUGAUCCAACUGAAAAAUCAAGAAAAACGAUUAAAUGAAGAACGUGAAGAGUCAGAAAGAAUCGUCGAAAAUCUCGCUCAGCAGUUACAAACAGCUCAAGAAGAAAUGGCCAAAUGUACACAAGAAAUAAUCAAACAAAAUGAUCUGAUGGAUAAAAUAACGACUGAACAAAGACAAGUUCAAGUUCAAAUAGAACAUUUACAACAAUCGAUUGAAUCCAUAAAACAAAUGAUCGAACAGAAUAACGCUCGACAACGUGAAAUGAACGCCUAUAUCAAACAGAAGAAUACUGAAAAACGAGUAGCUGAAGAAGAGAAGGCAGCUGCAGAUGAAGAAAUGAGAAGAUCUCAAGAAAAUCUUGAACAAUUAAAUAAAGAAUUGAAGACAUUGCAAGAACAAUUGGCCAAGUCAAUUCAAGAGAUGAACCAAUUGGAAGAACAAUGUCGACAAGCAGCGAAUGAACUCCGAGAUGCGAAUGAAGCAGUUCAACGCGCUAAGGGCGAAAUCGAACGGUUACGUAACGAACUACAAGAGUUGACAAAGCAAUUGAACGAGAAAAAUUCUCAGUUAAAACAGGCUAAAGAAGAAGAAGAACGAUUAAAAGCGGCACUGGAUGAGAGACAAAAGGAAUUAGAAGUGAUCGAUGAAAAUGUAAGGGAACUUGAAGCAGAUCUUGUCCAAGCCAAAGCUCAAUUGGACGCUGCUAUUCAAUUACUCAAUGAAAUGACCGCGAUUCUUCGUCAUGAGGAGCAAUUAGAAUUGGAAUGUCAAGAGGCAGUCGAGCAACAAACACAAGUUGUUGAUGAAGCCACCAAUCAAGCGAAUGAAGCUGACUUGGAAAAGGCAAGAGCCAAUGAAGCGAAAAAUGAAGCUAUGCGCGAGCAGCUAGAAGCAGAAAACGUUGUCGAUGAUCUCAAUAGUAAAACCCAAGAAGCAGAAGAAGCAUAUUCGCAGGCUGAAAAGAUGGCUGCAGAUGUGUGGCGGCUUCCGAUCAUCGGCAUGAUUCUAGGUAUUGGUAUAUCGUUUUCUGUAGCUACUGCCCAAGCAAAGCUUUCCGACUUACAAAAUGAGUUGGACCACGCAAAGUCGAUACUUCACAGAGCCAAUAGAAGACGUGAUAAAGCUCUCGAAUCGUACCGAGUAGCAAAAGAAAAGAAGUGUAAGGCACGUCAAAAUCUUGCCGAUCAGAAACGAUCGUUAAAACGAAUGACAGGAGCAUGGAACGAUCAAAUUGAAAAGAAAAACAAAGCAGAGCAAAACGUUGAUCGACAGACAAAAAACGUCGAAAAUGUCACUGCUCACCACAACGAAGUAAUUUGUGAAUUAGCGAAUGCAAAACAACAACAAAUAAGCAAAAUGAACGAAAUAUAUGAAGCUCAAGCACAGCUGCACAAACAAACAGGUCAUGUUGCCAUGUUACGCACUGAAGCCGAUACUAUGGAGCACAGAAGAAGUCAAAUUCAAAAAACAUUCGCCGACGCAGAGAAAACGUUGGCAACCGCUGAAGAAAGAGCCAGGAGAACUGAAUCGCAUUCAAACAGAUUAAAUGAACAACUCGAUGCCAAAAAGCUCGAAGUAAAACGUACCAACGAUUUAAUUGCGCGAAAACAAGACGAAAUUCGGAGAAAGCAGGCGGAACAUGUCAUUAGUGAAGAAAAAGCUUGGAAAGCGGAAAAUAAACUUUCUCUGAUUCAACAAGAUUUGAACAUGGCCGAGAAGAAUGUCAAAGAUUUAGAAAAAGAAAUUCAACGACAAAAUGGAAGACUAACAGAUGAAAAUGAAAAACAACGAAAUUUACAACGGGAAGAACAAAAUAUCAAAACGAAAUUUAACAACGCAGAAAAAGAGAAAAGUCGUUUGGAAAAACAAAUAGAUCAAUUGAAAAUUCAGUUGAACAAUCAAAAUGAAUUGAUGAUGCAAAAACGACACGAAGCAUUCAGAAAAACAGCCGAAUUGGAAAUCAUCAAAGAUCAGAGGAGUGAUUUAGAAGACAAACGCAAUCGAUUCGCGGCCCAAAGUGAAAAAAUUCAAGCGAAUAUUGUUGAAAAUGCCAAAGUAUUAGAAGAAAACCAAAGAAGUGCAGCGAUUAUGAAAUCGAAUCUUGAAAAUCAAGAAAAAGCCAAACAGAUGGCCGAACAUAGAGCUAAACAAACGAAAGGACAAUUUGAAGACACUCGUAGUCAGAUCAAACAAUUGUCCGAUAAUAUUGCUAAGAAAGAGAAAGAUUUCACCAAACUCAAUGAUAUCCAUCGACAAAUGAGUAUUGAAAUUGAACAACGAAAGACGAAACAAGAAACUUUAAAACGACAAACUCAAGAUCUUCAUGACCAAUGGACAGCGAAAGAAAUCUUCGCAGCAACUCUUACUAACGAAGUUAAUGAUUUACAAAAAGAAAUCACAAACAAAAAACUACAGCGACGAGAAGAACACGAACAAAAGAGACAACGAGACGAACAUCGACAAACACAAUCUUAUUAUAAGAGGAACUACAACAAAAACUAA